AUGACCGCGGUCAAGGUCAUAAAUCACACUCCUUUCGUUCCCCGUCUGCCAAAGGAUGUCCCACUCCCGCCAAGUCCCGCAGAAUCCACAAGUCCGCCACCCCCAGUGAAGAAGAAAACUAGAAAGAACAAGACGAAAGAGACAGAGAAGGAGAAAACGGGAGCCACUUCUUUUUCCAUCGUCGGGGAAAGAAUUAAGAUACAUUCUACAUCAUCUGGCAAGGUGGUUUCUACAUUACCGGGGCCACAGGAUGAUGGUCACCAGGAUAUCAUCACAUCUGCUAUCCUCAGUGCACACAAUGUGUUUCAACUCAUCACCGCUUCUUUGGACGGCACUCUCAAAAUUUGGGAUUUUCUCGAAGGCAUAUUGUUACUCACGAUCAACCUCGAGCAACCUAUCCAUCACGUGUGCGCUCAUGCAAAGAUAAAAGAUUACGUUUUUGUUGCCACUGCAAAAGCGAAGAAGGGAAGCGGAAAUGCUGAUGAGCAGCCAAAACAGAACCGGUCUGCGAAGGCUCCAUCAGAAGAGAGCUGUAUCAUCUUACGUGUGUCGCUUAAGCCUCAAAAUCCCGCUUCAGGUGCGAAAUGGCACAAGUCAUCUCAGGUCACGCCGGUAGGCAAGACCCGGUACACAGCAGGGCUUGCAGUAUCUGCAAGCGGUGAAUGGCUGAUUGCGGUCGCGGGUCACAAAGCCUAUGUUGCACAAGUUUCUGCAUUGAAGUCUGGAUUUACAAAAUACGUUUCAACCGAUGCAUUGACGUGUUUGGCGGUCCAUCCAUUAGAGGACUAUUUCGCGACGGGAGACGCAAAGGGUGUCCUGCACUCCGGAAAGAAGGAGUUUGUAUCCCGAGUUGGCUCGGCCAUCAAAAUUGUUGUGGUCUCGCGCGGUUCUGCUGCUGAGGAAGAGUACCUUCUUGGGUUGGCGGACGCAAGUUUUGCAUUUGUCAGUUCUGCCACGCUCAAGCUAUCGCGAGUUUUUUCUCGCAUAAAACUAGACUUCGUCACGUCAAGUGCCUGGGCGUCCUCGUCCUCCGCCAAACCACUUGCAGUCCAUUCGUUAUCAUCGACACUCGUUCUUCCCUCUUCUCAUCCUUCUUCACUACAAACCUACUCUCCUUCGUCAUCCAUGCUCGUUGCAGAGCUCGAGGUGUCACCUUCGAACCGAGUGUCAAGACAAGAAGACAAGAUGUUGGAGCCAUCGCGAGUAGAACGUGUGGUAAGCUCGCCGUCAGGAGAGUGGAUGGCGACUAUUGACCGGCGAGAAGGGAACGAGUCAUUCCGUGGCGAGAUAUACCUCAAGAUAUGGUGGUGGGACAAGAAAUCUGCUUUUUGGAUAUUGAAUACCAAGCUGGUGACUACUGGUGAGGAUAGAAAUGUCAAAACUUGGAGAAUACGGAGUAUCAAAGACAAGAAGGGCAAUGUAGAAGUUUCCUGGACCUCAAGAUCGUCUUUCGGUUUCCGUUCUGAGAUGCCCAGAGACUCGGCUUGGCCACCGGAUGGCCCUCUUCUGGCUGUUGCGCUCGACGCCUCUGUGGCGUUGUAUGAUUCAAUAUCAAACGCACUUUAUUUCACUAUAGUGUGUUCGGAAUGCCCAAAAAUAUCGUCCAUACACUUCAUUGGGCAUCAUGGCCAGUAUAUUGCGGUCCUUGGCGGCUCCAACCUUGUUGUCCGCGAUGGAAGACGCUCUACGCGUGGUCACCAUCUAGCGCGCCAGAAUAUGGAUGAGCUAUUGGUGGAAUGCUCUAUACACCUUGAUGGUGUUCCGCUAAAAGAUGUGCGGACAUUCAAGUGCGGACACGGCUUCUGCACCACCUGCAUAGACAACCUCUUCCAAGCCGGACCUCCGCCUUUCAAAUGUCCCACCUGUCGCAAACGUAUCGCACGCAAGGACGCCUUUCAAAUAUUCUUAAAUCCCCAUCGGUCGCUCACACAACCUGGUACACAAUCCACCCGUAGAGAUUCGGGUGUUGAUAUUGACUUCACGCUUUCGGAUGACCCGGAUUCGACUACGGAGCGUGUCAUUAGCCUGUGCAAGAAAACGCGUGAAAAUGCGUCGGAACUGCAACGCUUGAAUAAGCGCUUGGAACAGCUGCAGCGGAAUUUGUCAAGCGCGAAAGAGGAGCACGAUGAGUUGGAUGAUCAACAUCAGGAGCUGCAAAGGGAAUAUGACCUUCUCGAGGCGCAGCAUGCUGACCUCAAGAGUAAAAUCACGACUCAUGAAAGUGAGCGCCGCAAAGCCGAGCGUUCAUGUGCCGUUUGGCAAAAGAAGUACGAAGUAGCUGAGAGUGGCGAGCAGAUGUGGAGGGAAAAGUGUAAGACUGCACAAAGAGAUGCGCAAAAAGCACGAAAGGAGAACGAAGAACAAGACGGCAAAAUGAAAGAGUUGGCAGAGAGGGCAAGAGACUUUGAGCAUCGUGCGCACAAAUUCAAGGUGUUGUACGAAAAACACAAAAGCAAAUGCGAGGCUCUCAAGGACGAGAACACGCGCCUUAAAAAAAUUCAACAAAUCGCAGAAAAUCCAGAAGAGCAGUCUCUUUUGGUUGUCGAUAGAAACGCCCCUGACAUUCUUGAGCGGGCUGCUCACGAGGACUGGCUAGACGAUGUGUGUGAGGUUCGAGGGGACAAUCUCGAUGAUGUUGACAGUGAUUAUGGAAACGAGUCGAGCAAGGAGAAUGAGUCUGAAGGCGAGGAAUAUCAGCCAGGACCAAGUCGCGGUGGUGCCUGGCUACGAGUCAGGCGAACAACGGAGAGCGUGGACGACCGCGAUCGACCACUUCCCGAAGAUCGACCGUACCACCCUGCGGUUCGUUUCACCUCUGAUUGGAACCUCAAAAGUGACGGCACUGGGCACAACAAAGCAGCUAAUACGAAGAAGCGGAAGACUGAUGAGGACGCCGUCAUGGGAGCGCGAUCGUCCAAGGUAGUGAAAGUCUCGUUACAACUUGCCGCACCUGCGAAGGGGAAGGGAAGGGCUACUGAAGAAAGAGGUAAUGCGAGGCCACUCUCGUCUUCCAAGCAGACGGCAGGUUCUCCGCUGAGAAGGAGAGCCCCUGCAUCCAAAUCCAAGCCUGACAUGCCGUUAAAGUUGGAUGCUAUGGGUCGUUUGAUGGGCACUGCGGUACUGGGGUCAAGACGUAAAUUUGACAAGAAUUCAUGA